GCUGCUAAAAAAAAGAUCGGUUCAGUAUAUACUGAAGGGAUUUCAAGAUGAGAGUUUACGUAGUUCUAGCGGCACUAUUGACAGCAGCGAGUUCUCUUCCCAUUGAGGAGCGCGUCAAUGGCGAAAACGGCUGGUUUGUGCCCAAGAAAGAUGGCAGUUUGGAGUGGAUGGACAUGAAUGAUGCCGAAAAACUAUUGGAACACAGUGCACCCAUCGAAGGGCGUGCCAAUGAUGUGUCCUUCUACCUCUACACCAAACGCAAUCCAACCGCAGGCAAGGAAAUCAGGCCCGAUUCAUCCUCCAUUGAAGACUCGCAUUUCGACAAGAACCAUGGCACUCGUUUUGUGAUCCACGGUUGGGGUGGCCGCUACACCGAUGGUAUGAAUGUCAAGAUCACCAAGGCGUGGCUUUCGAGGGGGGACUUCAACGUGAUCGUUGUCAACUGGGAUCGUGCCCAAUCCUUCGACUAUGCCUCCUCGGUGCUGGCUGUCCCUGGCGCUGGAACCAAGGUGGGAGACAUGAUUGAGUACCUGCACCGGCAUCACGGUCUGUCGCUGGAGACUCUGGAGAUUAUUGGUCACAGUUUGGGCGCCCAUGUGGCUGGCUUUGCAGGAAAACAAGUGGGAGACAAGAGGGUUCACACAAUUGUGGGUCUGGACCCUGCCAUGCCGCUUUUCAGCUACGACAAGCCCAACAAGCGUCUAUCCACCGAAGAUGCCUUCUAUGUGGAGUCCAUUCAGACGAACGGAGGCUUGAAGGGAUUCCUGCAGCCCAUUGGCAAGGGCACCUUUUACCCGAACGGCGGAAGGAAGCAACCGGGCUGCGGUAAUGACAUCGACGGGCAAUGCUCCCACGGACGCUCCGUCACCUACUACGUGGAGGCAGUCACCGAGGACAACUUCGGGACCAUCAAGUGCAGGGACUACCAGGAUGCACUGGCCAACGAGUGCGGCAGCACCUACAGCGGUGUUCGCAUGGGAGCCGUGACCAACGCCUACAUGGUCGAAGGCGACUUCUACGUCCCUGUGAACAGCCAGGCUCCUUUCGGCAAGAUCGAAUAAAGUUCGAAGUCAUUCUUAAUCUGAAAUGGAUUGUCCGAGUUUACUUUAAGGUACCAAGUGUCGAAGUCUAUGUCUCAACAAUAAAAAUAUUUUAAAUACAUCCUAUUUAAUUAAA